AUGUCCCGUCAGCUCAGGUACAUCAUCUACAAGCUGUCUGACGACUUCAAGGAGAUCGUCAUUGAGAGCACCAGCGAGGGCCCCACCGAGAACUACGAUGAGUUCCGCGAGAAGCUCGUCAACGCCCAGACUAAGAGCGCUACUGGCGCCGUUGGCAAGGGUCCCCGAUAUGCCGUCUACGAUUUCGAGUACAAGCUUGCCUCUGGCGAGGGUUCUCGCAACAAGGUGACCUUCAUCGCCUGGUCCCCUGAUGAUGCUGGCAUCAAGUCCAAGAUGGUCUACGCCUCCUCCAAGGAGGCCCUCAAGCGCUCCCUCAGCGGUAUCGCUGUCGAGCUCCAGGCCAACGAGACGGACGAUAUCGAGUAUGAACAGAUUAAUCAAGACCGUGAGCAAGGGUACUGCCGCAUAGAUUUCCCCCCGUAA